UCACUGCCUACACUGCCUCAAGUCCCUGAUGGGCCCUACUCACGGGCACCUUUCGUUCACAAGUCCAGCAGCCAGCAUGACCGUACUUCUGCGGUCGGUGACAUGACAUACGAACGGCUCGAGUUCCUGGGAGAUGCUUAUCUGGAAGUCAUCGCCACUCGCCUCAUCUUCUCACGCUAUCCCCAUCUUGCCGCGGGCCGUCAAGCACAGAUACGCGAGCGCUUGGUCAAGAAUGACACACUAACACAAUUCAGCAUGGCCUACCACUUUCAGGACUGUCUGAAAGCUGGAGAAGGCGAGCGCGAACUCGCAAGGGCCUCUGGCAAAAUUCUAGCCGACGUAUUUGAAGCAUACGUGGCUGCUGUCAUUCUGUCCGACCCGGUGGAUGGCUUCAAGCGUGCAGAAAUUUGGCUCACGGAGCUCUGGGCACCGAUUCUACUCCGAGAAUUUGGUCCGAUAAGUUCAGACGGCGGAGCGACAUUCAACGAAUACAACCAGAAUGCAAAGCAAGAGCUCCAGCAAAGGAUUGUCGGCAAGGAUGUGAAGCUCGAAUAUAUCGAGAACAGACCUAUGGAACAGACCAAGCACAUGCAGAGGUACUUCAUCAGCUUGUUCCUAACGGGCUGGGGCCACGAGAAGCAACUUCUUGGCUCUGGUGAGGGUCAAAAUAAGGUCGAGGCAGGAAAUCGUGCCGCCAUGGAUGCUAUGGUGAAGAGUAAGGAUAUCGUCGAUGAGGCCGCCCGUAAACUUGGUGUCUUGCGCGAGCAGAGGAAGUUGGAAGCUGCUGCCAAAGAG